UUGGGCCGAGUUGGCGACUCACGGCCAUGUUUGCGCCACCUACAGCCUGGGAGGGUGAGCGUCAUGGCGGCUUCUUGCCCUCUCCCGGUGACCCCGGACCUGCCCACGUUGCGUGCCAAGUUGCAGGGACUGCUGCAGUUCCUGAGGGAUGCCUUGUCCAUUUCCAAUGCACAUACCGUGGAUUUCUACACAGAAUCCGUGUGGGGGGAGCUAGUCGACUUGACCCCGGAGACGGUGCUGGCUGCCCUGAGGAAGUCAGCGUCGGAGGCAGAGGCCCGGCCCCCAGAGACGCGCCGCCUGGUGGAAGCAGAGGGGGAAGCAGGUGUGACUGAUUUUCCCAAAAUAUUUUGUGAAACUUCUCAGAAGUUGGUGAGUGUGGAAGCCUUUGCUCUGGCUGCGAAAUACUAUUCCGUACAAAACUUGGGAAUAUGUACUCCUUUUGAACAGUUGCUUGUAGCCCUUCGAGGAAAUCAAAACCAGAGAAUUGGUGAAACUCAGAAGGCAGUUGAGUUUAUGAAUAUGAAGAAAUCUCAUGAAGUUCAGGCAAUGUCAGAGCUGAUCAGCAGUAUUGCUGACUACUAUGGAAUAAAACAGGUUAUUGACUUGGGUUCCGGUAAAGGCUACCUAAGCUCCUUUUUGUCCUUGAAGUAUGGCUUUAAAGUUUAUGGAAUUGAUUCCUCAAAUACCAAUACUCAUGGAGCUGAGGAGAGAAACAGAAAACUGAAGAAACAUUGGAAACUCUGUCAUGCUCAGUCAAGAUUAGAUGUCAGUGGACUAGCAUUAAAAAUGGCAAAAGAAAGGAAAGUGCAAAAAGAAGUUAAAAAUAAAGCUGAUAUUGAGGAAGUGUUUAGAAACAGUCUUACAAAUCAAGAAAAGAUGUCUACUUCAGAUAUUUCACCUCAUUUUUCUGGCUCUGUAAUUUCUAAUAUCAGAAACCAAAUGGAAACCCUUCAUUCUCAACCACAUCAAGAAGAAAAUUUGUGUUUUGAAAAUUCUUUUUCUCUUAUAAACCUUUUGCCUAUUAAUGCCAUAGAGCCUACUUCUUCACAGCAAAUACCCAACAGAGAAACAUCUGAAGCCAAUAAAGAGAGAAGAAAAAUGACAUCAAAGUCAAGUGAAUCAAAUGUAUAUUCACCUUUAACCUCUUUUAUCACUGCUGAUUCGGAACUCCAUGACAUUAUUAAAGAUUUGGAGGAUUGUUUGAUGGUAGGUCUACACACUUGCGGUGAUCUGGCUCCAAAUACUUUGAGAAUAUUUACCUCCAAAUCUGAAAUCAAGGGAGUUUGCAGUGUGGGUUGUUGCUACCACCUCUUAUCUGAAGAAUUUGAAAACCAACAUAAAGAACGUACUCAGGAAAAGUGGGGAUUUCCAAUGUGCCACUAUUUAAAGGAAGAGAGAUGGUGCUGUGGUCGUAAUGCCAGAAUGUCAGCAUGUUUGGCAUUGGAGCGGGUUGCAGCUGGCCAAGGGCUGCCUACUGAAUCACUCUUCUAUCGUGCUGUUCUUCAGGAUAUUAUUAAAGAUUGUUAUGGCAUCACCAAAUGUGAUCGGCAUGUUGGUAAAAUUUAUUCCAAAUGUUCUUCAUUUCUGGAUUAUGUCAGACGGUCUCUAAAGAAGCUUGGAUUAGAUGAGUCCAAGCUGCCAGAAAAAAUUAUAAUGAACUACUACGAGAAGUAUAAGCCUCGAAUGAAUGAGCUGGAAGCUUUUAAUAUGUUGAAAGUUGUUCUGGCUCCCUGUAUAGAGACUUUGAUUCUUCUGGAUCGACUUUGUUACCUGAAAGAGCAGGAAGAUAUUGCGUGGUCUGCUCUUGUGAAGUUGUUUGAUCCUGUGAAAUCUCCCAGAUGUUACGCAGUUAUUGCUCUGAAGAAGCAACAAUGAUUUCCACUGAAGCAAAUUAUUAGAUGUAUUUCUCUAUGAGACCUGUUGCUGAGAUUGCUUUUCUAAACAUGUAUGUCCUGUUAUAUAAAAAUGUUUAAAUGAUUGCUAUAUAUUUUAAAUAAUAAAAUAAUGACUAACAAUAGAAGGUUAUAAUCCCUUUUUCCAUUGUCAAAGCAUACAUUAAUAAAAUAAGAACCUGUGAUAA